AUUCUUCCUAUCUCAGAUCUGCCUAAUCCACCUUGUCGGGUGCCCCCCAGAUCCUUCUCUCUCUUUUCCCAACUUCCCCGCCUCCCAUUUGCUCUUCUUCUCUAAUCUUUGAUCACUGCUCCCCAUUUUCAUGUCGCGUUGGUUGCUGCAGCCGACCGACCCCGACGCCGAUGGGCUUCCCGUGGCAAUUGACGAGAUCGAGCGCGGCUGGCCGUCGCUGCUGCAGUGGAUGAUUGGCGCUCAGACUCCGCCCACCGCGUCACCGCCGCUCGUCAAGCAGCAGCCCAGCGGACCGAACGAGACCCCCGCCGCGGACUGCGAGCAGCCCAUGCUCGACGUAGAGCCCGCAUUGCACCCGGCAAUGCCCCAGCUGCAGCCUGCGCUGUGUGUGCGCAUCGAGGACAUUGCCGCAGCAAAGCAGCAGCAGCAGAUUGCAUUGUUGAGCAGCCACAGCAGCCUCCCCGCGGUUGGCGGCUCUGGACGCGUCUCGCGUGCCGAAGACCAGCCCCCAAGCAAGCACAUGCACGAUGCCGCUGGUCCGACGGCUGACAUGCGCGACACGCAGCCGAUGGUGGGCGCUCCGACAACGAACGAGGUCUCGUUAUGGAAUGCAGUCACGACGCUGGGCGGCGGAGCAUCAUCCCGAUUGCCGUUUGGCAAGUAUCUGACGUCGAUGGAAGCGACACAGCCGCUGCUGGCGCCAGCAGACGAGGCGCAGCGACAGCUGAGCGGACUCAGUAGCGACAAGCGCAUUCUGGCGCAAUUGGCAAUCUCGGUCAACAUGCGGCUCAGAGAGGCUCAGAUUGAGGUCGCCGCAGCACAUGCUAGUACAGUGACGGAUUCGCGCGACAUGCAGCAGCCGUUCACCCUUGCCGACUGGGUCGCGUGGAAUGGCGAUGCCACCGAUCUCACCCCGGACGAAAUCCAACUCGGCGAUCUGGCCGUGGCGCUCUUCAACACGGACGAGGACGCAGAACACUUCUUCCGCAAAAUGAGCGUCAUGCGGCGAGCGUUUGACGAGGAGCAGGAGCAACUGCGCGUCCAAGCCCUCGACUUGUAUGUGGAAUCCUUCAACCAGCAGCUUGCGUUGAGCGCAAGCUCCGCCCCACAGAUGCACCAGCUCGGCGACUCGGUGUCCAUGCCGCAACUCUCUGGCAACCACUCCCGUUUCCAGUCCCCUCUGCGAUCUGGCUCGUCGUAUUCCGGCUUUGAUUUGCCCACACACACAUCACCGCAAACGCCGCCGUCCCGCGGCACGCCAAUAUCCUCUGAUCAUCCUCCGCUGACUGCAACAAACAGCCACUCUCCGAUGCUAUCAACCUCAUCAAUACACAUGGCAAUAGCGCCGCCGUCUCUGGCCGACACCGAUCUUUCGGGCCUUUCGGCAACCGACGUCGAACUCUUAGCCGCCAAAAUUGAAACAAUGAAUAUUGUCCUCGCUGAAGAGCAGCAAGAGCUCGAGACGCAAGAGCGCGAGAUUCAACAAAUGUACCUUGACGAGCAAAGAGCGCGGCAGCUCGAGAAUGAACAGCAGGCUGAGGCGCAAGCCCCGCGAACAAAGGCCGCCAAAGCACGACAACUCCUGACUGCGUUCUCUGCUCGCGGCUCGUCCCUUGCGAAUACCAUCGCGUCGAAUGCACGAAGUACAGUCGUGGCUGCCGCCACUUCACUGUCGCCGGCAAAUUUGAGAAAGGGGCCUUCGUAACACCAGCAGUUCCAUCCAUUGUUAUCAUUUGUUUUUAUCGGGGAAGUGUAUGCCACGCCAUGUUGUCAUGUUUUCUGAUGGCUUUUUUUGUUGUUGUUGUUGUUGUUGU